CUCUUUCGUAUAUAUUUACACCUGUACAUACAAUUUACACGCACCUCCAUUUACAUUUCUCCAUUUGUUACUCUAUAUCUGGAUCACCAUGUCCACCGAUCUCGAAUUCUCAGUAAAACUGCUGCCGAAGAUCCGAUUGCCGGUAAUUGAUAUCGACAGCCUCAAGUCCAGCUCGGACGACAGCGGGAGCGUAAUAAUUCAGACAGAAAUCAACAGCAGCAGCGAGGAGUCUGAGUCCUGUCAGACUCCAACAUCUGCGGAGCACAAGAUUCCGACAAUCCUAUCAUGCCCCGCGGCGCCGAGGAAGCCGAGGAGGAGGAGUGUUUUGUGUAAGCGGAAGCUGGAGUUCUUCGAGAUCGACAACUUUCAAGAGGUGGAGGAUUUCUUUCGAUCCAAUUUCGAGAACAAACGGUGCAAAAAAAACAUCUCGUAAAUGAAACGGUGACGUUUUCAAAUUUCUGGGAUUUAAUUUGUCUUGGUUGUAUGUAUUAAUAAUUAUUAUUACACGAAUAUUAAAUACCACGUUAUUAUCAAAACUCUGGUCUGGAAAUGAAAUUCCAGGCAGUUUGGAUCUGAAUUAUGAAUACGAACUCUAUGUUUAUCUGGUGCAA